AUGUAUUUUCUUCUUUUCCAGUUUAUCGACAAUAAUUUAAAUUUGAGUGCCAUCAAAUCGGAGAGAAGCAAAUUGAACAUUGCAACAACUUCCAAAAAUCAUAAUGAUGAUGAUUCAGGGGAGGACGACAAACCUCUGGCCGUGUGGGUGUCACCGCUACCACCAGUGACAGCAAAGCCUGCUGGUAAAAAAGCCUUGUAUCCAAGAAGAGCAGCAAGCACAAAUAAAUUACUAGGGACACCGGGGUCCAGCAAGUUCAUUAAAGUGUGGGUAUCCAAUGAGCAGGCGACGAGCUGGCACCGCGAGGAGCUGCGGCGCGCGCGAGAGGCGAGCCUCAGCUUCGUGCACGAGUGCGACGCGUGCGAGAGACUGUUCGCCGAGGAGGAGGAGCUGAAUAGACAUUUAGACGAGGCACAUUCUGAGAAAGCCGGCCAGUAUACGUGCGAUAUCUGUCUAUAUCGAUUUCCGGAUCAAACCAAAUUGGAACAGCACAUGGAGGCACAUUACGUUAACUACAAGUGUAAAACCUGCAACUUUGAAUGCAGAGACUUGACAGAAAUUCAGCAGCAUGUCAAAGAUUCUCACAUUAUAGUGCCGAAGACUGUGUGCACUCGGUGUAAGAUUAAAUUUGCAUCUAAGGCAGAACUGAAACGCCAUUUCAAAACAUGCGCAACAUACAAGUGCACAUAUUGUGACGCCAAGUUUCCUGUCCGGGACACUUACCUCAGGCACGUUCAAAUGCACAAGUCAGACCCUGACGGCAUCUACUGUGAGGUGUGCGAUGUGUUCUGCUCGCCGUCGUGGUACAGGAAGCAUUUACGAACUACCUUGAAACAUGUUUCUAAAGAUUCUUUCAAGUAA